AUGCCAUGGAAGAAACAGAAGACACGUUCUGGCAGUAGUAAUGAACGUUGUGUAGCUCUUCUUCUCGGUGGUUCAAUUUACGACGAAACUGCAGGAGGUGCUAGUAUUGUUCGAUAUGGUCGCCGGCGUGAUGAUGAAACGCGUCGUACAAAAAAAGAUGUAGUCAAAGAUAAUUUCCUAUGGGAACGAGACUUUCGUGCUUUGACAUCAUUAUUUGAACGAGUAGGUGCCACAAUUUUUCAAAGUGUACCAACAGCCCUACAUUGUUCCAAGUUAGACACUAUAGAACGUAUUCUGUCUUUUUUCACUUUUGAUGACAUCGAACGACAACAAAAGGGCAUGGCUUACGGAAAAGCAACCACGUUUAUAAUUUAUUGGUGUGGUCAUGGAGAGCCAAAUACUGGAAAUUGGUCUUUUUCAGAAGACGAAAUGAUGUCUUGCACUGAGUUGAUUAAUCUUUGGACAUUGGCGAAUCGAGGAGUGCGCGAUGCACUGACCAUUAUCUCUGAUACAUGCUUUUCGGGAGCUUGGAUCGAUGAGCUUAGAACACAGCAAGUACCAAAUCUUGCAUAUCAAGCGGCUUGCCACUCAGAUGAAACAGCUUGGGUGGUCGAUGAUCGAAACGUCCCACGCAGUUUACUCAUGAGGAAAUUUUUCCUCGAACUUCUGGAAGAUGCAGAAUUUACGGAAGAUCACAUUUACACAUGGACAUGUCCUAGUCAACAUCCUAUUUUCUUCUGUGACUAUGCUGAUGACGAUGAUGGAAAAGGAUAUGUAGUUGUCAAGGGUGGAUUACGUUUCUUUACAGUCGAUGAACAUACUGAAAUGGGUCAGAAUUAUUAUGAUGCUGAACCAAAUGGCAACGUACGACAUGGAAAAUUUUUGAAAAUAGAUAAGAAAUAA